AUGGCUGAGGAGGUGACUGUGCCCAGUGUGGAGGACAUGGUUAUGGUCAAGAUGGAAGACAGUGACCCUGAUGAUCCCAACAAGACACAAGUCAUUCUACAACUUCAUCAAAUCACAGGAGAUGAGUCUAGUGAGGCCUCUGCGGCAGUAAUGGCUGUGGAAGCUGCCCCAGAGCAAGGUGACGAAGAAGUAGAAAUCGGUUGUCCUAUCACUUGUGGCGACUGUAAAGCUGUCCUAAUUUUGAAGAAAUUUGUUUGCCCAGGGAUAAAUGUAAAGUGUGUGAAGUAUGGAGACCAGCUCAUCAGCCCAAAGCAAUUUGUACAUUUAUCUGGAAAAGCAACUCUCAAGGACUGGAAGAGAGCCAUACGUAUGAAUGGAGUCAUGUUGAGAAAAAUGAUGGAUUCGGGUCAGCUGGACUUCUAUGAACACCCCACUCUCUGCACUAACACCUGUCGAAGCACCAAGUUUGAUAUUUUAAUCAACAACACAAGGUUUCCUCCUGACGGCACUGGACUUCCAACUCCCACGUCUUCUCAAGGUCAGACAGUUCUAGGUAACGGUGGCAUUGUGGGAGAGGUUCCCACAGACGCUCUGGGUACGAAGAUGGAGUGGAGCUCUGCAGACACAACAGAGAAAUUCACCGAGAUUUCAGAGGACACGCUCACCUUCUGGAAGGGCAUUGCAGACGUGGGUUUACUGGGUGAAGUAGUGACCAACAUCAACACGGAGCUUCUGGCGCUGCUCAAUGGAGUGCAGCAGCGGAGUGAGCCGGGCGAAUUACAGGACACAGAUUCCUGUCUGGUAGAGGUGGCUGUUCUCAGUAACCUCGCCCAAGUGUUCGGCCUGCUGGACAACGUCAAGAGGAUCCUGGAGCGCCGGAGGGAGCAGACUGACCCCAGCCAGGAGGACGAGCUGCGGCUGCUCACCAAUCUGGAGAUCCAGUUAGAGGAGCAGAAGAAGCAACAGCAGCUACGCGCCCUGCUCUCCUGCCCACAGACGCCUAAGGUCAAGACCCCCACCAAGAGACCCGCCAAACGACCCCGACUGACGCGGCCCGCCUCCACCACCACCCUGCUGGCCUCUCCGCAGCAGAGCCUCCAGCCGCAGCAGUUCACCGUGCUCUCCCCAAUCUCUCUGAACUCUGUGGGCCAGCCUCUGACGGUCACUGGGCUGCCCAUCGCCUCCCUGGCCCAGUCCCCCAACACGGUCACACUGCUGCCAGCCGGGUCUCAGUUCUUCACCCGCUACAUGGUGGCGGGCAGCGACGGCAAGAGCGACACAUUCACGCUGCAUCCGUCGUCCGGGCUCACGUUGGUGGGUGAUCAGAUAUCAUGGGACUCGAGCCAGUUGGGAACCAUGAUGAACCCUGUGGAGCUGGUACAGCUCAGCCAGCAGGGCGGCAGCACUGACAUGGUGCCUCUGGACGGACAGGUUGUGGUGCAGCAGGAGGGAGAGGGGCAGGACCACUCCCAUGGUGUCAUGGAGCUCCAGCUGACCACUGAAGCAGCUAAAGAUGCCAUGAUGGAGGUCGCCAUGGCAACAGAGGGGGACGAGCCCCAGUGCCAAACGCAGGAGGGCCAGACGGACACGACCCACGGGCUGCAGCUGGAUGCAAACGGACAGUUACAGAGCGUACAGAUAGUGGUGUUGGAGAAUUAG